GCGGCGGGACUGUUGGCGCGUUCGGCGGCCGCCCUCGGAGCGAGCGGCGCGGCCCGGACGUCGCCUGAAGCACGAGGAGCCUUCCGGAAGCAUGGGUCCCCUGGAGUAAGGCGACAUGCGCCGGGCCUGGCGCGGGCCGCAGGAUGUUCCGGGCGGGGGAGCCGGGGAAGCGGCCCCCGCGCCUGCGCAGCGUGGAGGUGGCCCGCGGCCGGGCCGGCUACGGCUUCAGCCUGGCGGGGCAGGCGCCCUGCGCGCUCAGCGGCGUCCUGCGGGGCGGCCCCGCGGACCUGGUGGGCCUGCGGGCCGGGGACCAGAUCCUGGCCGUCAACGACAUCAGCGUGAAGAAGGCGUCGCACGAGGACGUGCUGAAGCUGAUCGGGAAGUUCGGGGUCCUGCGCAUGGUGGUGGGGGCGGGCGCGGGCCACGCCCGGCGCUCCGAGUCCUGCUCCAGCGACGACGAGGGCGGGCUCCCCGACGGCCAGGGCUGGCUGAGGCCCCAGCUCGACUCCAGAGCCCUGGGCAUCAACCGGGCCGAGAGGGUGGUGGAGGAAGUGCAGUCGGGGGGGCUCUUCGGCAUGCUUUUUGAGAGUCCCCGCCUCCGUGCCGGCAGGGGCGAGCCCUCGAGGUCGCAGCCGCGCUCGCCGGGAGGAGCCGGCGCGGGCCCCCGGCGAAGACUGCGCGCUGGGUCCCGACGCCCCCGGCCGGACGCCGGCAUCUUAAACGUGGCCAUGGUGGUGGGCUACCUGGGCUCCAUCGAGCUCCCCUCCACCAGCGCCAACCUGGAGUACGACAGCCUGCAGGCCAUCCGCGGCUGCCUGCGGCGCCUGCGGGCCGAGCAGAAGAUCCACGCGCUGGUGACGCUGAAGGUCACGCACGACCGCGUGCAGCUGUGCGCCGCCCGCGGCGUGGUGGCCGAGUACCCCGCCGAGAAGCUGGCCUUCAGCGCCGUGUGCCCCGACGACCGGCGCCUCUUCGGGCUGGUGACCAUGCAGACCCACGACGACCGGGGCCCCGCGCCCGAGGACCAGGGCGCCCUGCGCACGUCCUGCCACGUGUUCAUGGUGGACCCCGACCUCUUCCGCCACAAGGUCCACCAGGGCAUCGCCCGGCGCUUCGGCUUGGCGUGCACGGCCGACCCGGACACCAGCGGCUGCGUGGAGUUCCCCGCGUCCUCGCUGCCCGUGCUGCAGUUCAUCUCCGUCCUCUACCGGGACAUGGGCGAGCUGAUCGAGGGCGUGCGGGCCCGGGCCUUCCUGGACGGGGACGCCGACGCCCACCAGAGCCACAGCACCAGCAGCAACAGCGACAGCGGCAUCGGCAAUUUCAACCAGGAGGAGAAGAGCAACCGGGUGCUGGUGGUGGACCUGGGUGGGAGCUCCACCCGGCACGGCCAGGGCGGCGGCCCCCCGUGGGAGGGCGCGGGCGGGCGGGGCUCCCAGCCCCGGGGCGCGCCCUGGAGCGGGACCUUCUGCCACGACUCCGAGGCCGGCUCCCCGUUCGAGGCCGGCGCCCAGGCCGACAGGUUCCGCGACUUAGCCCAGCGCUCGGGACCGGCCGCCCGCGGGGAGGUGCCCCCCCCGCCCCUGCGGAGCUCGGUGCCCCCCUGCAAGAGGGGCGGCUUCAGCCAGAGGGGGCUCCCCGUCCACGUGCUCCAGGAGUGGCCGGGUGGCCACGCCAGCGACCAGGAGUCCUACACGGACUCCACCGACGGGUGGUCCAGCGUGAACUGCGGCACGCUGCCCCCGCCCAUGAGCAAGAUCCCCGCCGACCGCUACCGCGUGGAGGGCAGCCUGUCCCAGGCCGCCCCGCGGGCCCGCCGGAGGGACUGGUCCCGCAAGGCCUUCGGGAUGCAGAACAUUUUUGGGCCUCACCGACAUGUCCGAAAGACCAAGGAGGACAAAAAAGGCUCGAAGUUGGGGCGGGGAAGCGGACUGGCCCAGACCUCGCAGCGCACCCCGGCCCGGAGGUCCUUCGGGAGAUCCAAGAGGUUCAGCAUCACGCGCUCCCUCGACGACCUAGAGUCGGCAACUGUGUCUGACGGCGGGCCUCGGGGACUCGCCCGCUCGCCCGGGCCCCUCCCGCAGGGCGCGCUUGUCACAGGGGCCUUGGGGACUCGCUCGCCCCGCUCGCCCGGGCCCCUCCCGCAGGGCCGGGCGGCUCGCAGGGGCCUCGGGGACUCGCUUGCCCGCUCGCCCGGGCCCCUCCCGCAGGGCCGGGCGGCUCGCAGGGGGCCUCGGGGACUCGCUCGCCGCUCGCCCGGGCCCCUCCCGCAGGGGCCGGGCGGCUCGCAGGGGCCUCGGGGACUCGCUUGCCCGCUCGCCCGGGCCCCUCCCGCAGGGGCCGGGCGGCUCGCAGGGCCGCGGCGCUGGGCCCGUGCCCGGUCCUGGCGGCGAGCUGACCUGCGCUCUGCCACGAAUGUGUCCUGCCCCUCCCCCAGGCUAGACCUCGUUCCGAUUAGGUCGGUGGGACUGAAGGCCAAGCCCACCAAGCCCGUCACGGAGGUGCUGCGGCCCGUUGUGGCCAAGUACGGCCUGGACCUGGGCAGCCUGCUGGCGAGGCUGAGCGGUGAGAAGGAGCCCCUAGACCUCGGCGCCCCUAUAUCGAGUCUGGAUGGUCAGCGCGUCAUCCUGGAGGAGAAGGACGCUUCCAGAGGGAAAGACAAACCGAAGGGCGCUCCAGGCAAACAGAAGGCCGCCGUGAGCUCCAGUCCCAGAAGCCACUCAGCCACGGGAGAGGAAAGAACACUAGGCAAGUCUAAUUCUAUUAAAAUAAAAGGAGAAAAUGGAAAAAAUGCUAGGGAUCCCCGGCUUUCAAAGAGAGAAGAAUCUAUUGCAAAGAUUGGGAAAAAAAAAUAUCAGAAAAUUAUGGACGAAGCGGAGGAGUUUUUUGAGCUCAUUUCCAAAGCUCAGAGCAACCGAGCAGACGACCAGCGCGGGCUGCUAAGGAAGGAGGACCUGGUGCUCCCUUUCCUCCGCGUGCCCCCCGGCUCGGCGGAGCUGGCCCUCGCUGCCCCCGGCGCCGCCAAGGGCCUGGGCAGGAGGGCUGCGGCCGGCCACGGCGGGGGGAGAGCGGCCCAGGCGGGGGACAGCUGGGAGCCCGCCCCGGACCUCAGCGACAGCCCCGCCACCAGCCCCGGCUCGGCGCACAGCGCCCCCGAGCCCCCCGGGGGCCCCCCUGAGCCCGCCCCGGUGCCGGACAGCAGCGCGCAGGUCUGGAGGAGGCGCCUGCGGACCGCGGAGGCCGGGGGCAUCCAGACGGUGGAGGACGAGCACGUGGCCGACCUGACCCUGGUGGGGGAGGGCGACAUCAGCAGCCCCAACAGCUCGCUGCUGCCCCCCGGCCCCCCGGACCUCCCCGGACCUCCGCCACCAGGGGGCAGGGCCCGUGGCCACCAGGGCCUCCCGGUCAACAGGAUCAUCGACGUGGACCUCGUCGCUGGCCCGGCCCCGGGGCGGGGGGCGCCGCCGGGCCCCCGGAGGGCGAGGCCCAGCAGGCCCCAGACGUCGGAGCGUCCCGGCCCGAGCCCCGGCCCCGGGGAGCCCUCCGCGCCCGCCGCCGCCGCCGCCACGCACCGCGCCACGUUCGUCUGA